UCUGUCCCAGCUCCGCAGACAUUUGUGUACACGUAUUACGGCUGCAUGGGCUGGACCCAAGAGUCAAUGGGAACGAGCUAACUUAACGCUGGCUAGCUUUCAAGUGAAAACCGAUCUAGGCUAUCUUGGGUAACAUAUGUACUUGGGUGAACCGUGUGAAAACCUGUCGUUUUCUCAUAGUAUCAGGACUAGCACACUUUCGUGCAUGGGAAGCAGGCGACGUCUGCUGCGGGUGGCUAAAAACGGUUCAAGGUGGCGACAGAAAAGGUUGCUGGUAAGCUGAGUUCUACUCUCUCAUGGGUGAAGAACUCGGUGUCCCACACGGUCAGUCAGAUGGCUAGCCAGGUGGCCGCGCCCACAUCCUUGCAGACCACUGCUACCUCCUCCUCCACCUCUUUGUCCUCGCCUGGCCUCUCCCCAUCCUCGCCGGCCCAGCUCAGUCCUGAUGAUGUGGAGCUACUUGCCAAGCUCGAGGAGCAGAACAGGCUACUGGAGACAGACAGCAAGUCGCUGCGCUCCAUGAAUGGCUCCAGGCGAAACAGUGGCUCAUCCCUGGUGUCCAGUUCCUCCGCCUCAUCCAACCUGUCCCACCUGGAGGAGGACUCAUGGAUUUUGUGGGGGCGAAUUGUCAAUGAAUGGGAGGAAGUGCGCAAGAAGAAAGAGAAGCAGCUUAAGGAUCUUGUUAGGAAAGGGAUUCCUCAUCAUUUUCGAGCUAUAGUGUGGCAGCUGUUGUGUAAUGCCCAGAAUAUGCCCAUCAAGGAUCAGUACUCAGAAUUAUUAAAGAUGACGUCACCCUGCGAGAAGCUCAUACGCAGAGACAUCGCUCGCACUUAUCCUGAACAUGAGUUCUUCAAGGAGAAAGACAGCUUGGGUCAGGAAGUGCUCUUCAAUGUCAUGAAGGCAUAUUCUCUGGUGGACCGUGAGGUCGGCUAUUGUCAGGGAAGUGCGUUCAUUGUGGGUCUGCUGCUCAUGCAGAUGCCCGAAGAGGAAGCAUUCUGCGUGUUUGUGAAGCUGAUGCAGGACUACAGAUUACGAGAACUCUUCAAACCCAGCAUGGCUGAGCUGGGACUCUGCAUGUAUCAGUUUGAGUACAUGAUCCAGGAGCAACUCCCAGAGCUUCAUAUACAUUUCCAAGCUCAGAGCUUUCAUACCUCCAUGUAUGCCUCUUCUUGGUUCCUCACCAUCUUCCUCACCUCCUUCCCUUUGCCCGUUGCCACGAGGAUCUUUGACAUCUUCAUGUGUGAGGGCCUGGAGAUUGUUUUCCGCGUGGGGCUCGCCAUCCUACAGAUGAACCAGGCGGAACUCAUUCAGCUCGACAUGGAGGGAAUGUUACAGCACUUUCAGAAGGUCAUCCCACACCAGUUGGACAGUGGACCAGAUAAGGUCAUCCAGGCUGCUUAUCAAGUUAAAUACAACGCCAAGAAGAUGAAAAAGUUAGAAAAAGAGUACACUACAAUCAAAACAAAAGAGAUGGAGGAACAGGUGGAGAUAAAGAGGUUGCGGACAGAGAACAGGCUUCUGAAGCAGAGGAUAGACACACUAGAGAAAGAAAGCGCUUCCUUGGCAGAUAGAUUGAUCCAGGGACAAGUGACUCGAGCUCAAGAGGCAGAGGAAAACUACCUGGUCAAACGGGAGCUGGCUACAGUCAAACAGCAGAGCGAGGAGGCCGGUGCUCAGCUGGAGCAGGCCAAGAAAACCAUCAGGCAGCUCCAGCAGCAGCAGCCACAAGGGAAGGGACCCCCACGCUUCUCUGAGGAGUCCGUCCUGCAGCUGGAGAGAGAGCUCGUGCAGGCCCGACUAAAGGAGGCAGAGUCCCAGUGUGCACUCAAGGAAAUGCAAGACAAGAUUCUCGAUAUGGAAAAAAGGAACACAUCGCUACCAGAUGACACCAAUGUGGCGCGGCUGCAAGAAGAGCUGAUCGGGGUGAAGUUGAGGGAAGCGGAGGCGCUGACUGGACUGAAAGAGCUGAGACAGCAGGUUAGAGAUCUGGAGGACCACUGGCAGCGUCACUUGGCACGCACCGCUAGCCGCUGGAAGGACAGUCCUAAGAAGAACACCAUGAGCGAGCUGCAGGACGAGUUGAUGAGCGUCAGGCUACGUGAGGCCGAGGCUCAGGCAGAGCUUCGAGAGAUGCGGCAAAGGAUGUUGGAGCUGGAGACACAGAAUCAGAUUCACAACAACCAGCUGCGUCGAGCGGAGCAGGAGAGUCGCUCUCUGCAGGAGCGCGUGCAGAAACUGACAACACAAAACAAAGAUCUAAACGUGCAACUGCAAGAAAUCAAGAGGAGACAAGCUGAGAUUGAAUGCAAGAGCAAGGAAGAAGUAAUGGCAGUGAGGCUGAGGGAAGCUGACAACAUUGCUGCUAUGGCUGAACUCCAGCAACAGAUCUCUGAGCUCGAGAUUCAGAAAGAAGAAGGAAAGGUCCAAGGCCAGCUGAACCACACAGAUUCGAGCCAGUACAUCCGCGACCUCAAAGACCAGAUAGCAGAGCUACAACAUGAGAUUCGCUGCUUAAAAGGACAGAGGGGGCGCUUGGCCAAUCAGCCCACUUUUGAUGGGAUCCAUAUUGUCAACCACUACAGGGCGGAUGAUGAGUCUUACCAGUCUUCGGACGACGAUGGGGUCAAGGUCUCCCCCCUGCAGGUCCCCCAGCAGAGGAGCCGUAUCAAACUACACCCCAAACUCGAGGACACCGACAGCGAUGAGGAGGAGGAGGACGGAGAGGCCCUGCGGAUCUCUGUUCCUCAGAGCAGCAGCCACAAGACCACCUCCGUGUGAGCGGCGCCCGCCAGCUGCUGAAGUGGAAACGGAGGCUGUCAGCACUAACUGUGGAAGAGAGGGUCAUCCAGCAAACCAUUUCAGAGGAGACUCCUGAACUUGAAGAAAGAAAUGCAUCAUCAUCAUCAUUUCAUAUCCUGAGAAUCACACGUGGAUUUAGUUUUGUUUACCUUCCUUUUGCAGUUUUUUUGUUGUUGUUUUGGGGGGUUUUGUGAGGGAAGCCAGAAGCUCAGUCUGAACCUCAGUAGAGGCUCAAAUCACGUGGAGCGUCUCAGACUCUACUGGGCCACAGAGACCUGACAAAGAGGAGGAGAAGGGCGAUCUCAGUCUGUCACUCCUGACCACUUCUUCUAGGUACAACACAGAAAAAGAGACUGUGCAAUAAAAACGUUUUACUCUAUAUUACACACUUCAUGUUUUUAUAUUUUAAAGCUUUUUAUAAAUGAACAUCAGAAAUGCAUUGAUGCCGUUACUACUAAGUGUCCAUCAUGCAGAGGCGGAUUUGUAUGAGUGCUAUGCGUGCGCAUGUAUAAAUAUCUAUAUUUCUAACGUCUUGAAGAGCUUGGUCAGAGCCUGGUAUCAAACUGGCUUGUAUCAGCCAGCGACGACUCGAUGACUUUCUUUGGCCUUAGCACAUGCCGCAUGCCUUUCAAGGUCAAAGUGACGUUGCGUACAUGUAGAUAUGUAAAUGUGUAUCAUGUUGUUUGUUUCCCCCCACUUCCUUUUGAACUUGAAAAUGCAUAUCUGGUGUUUAGAAUAUGCUGUACAUUUGAGAAUAAAGGGACAUAUAAUGUAGUUUAACACAAAUAACAAAUCCUGCUUUUGAGACGAGGGAGGUGAAUUCCUGGUAGAAUAACUAGUCACCACUCUUUAGAUGCUUUUGAACUCUCUGUUCUUAAAGCAGCCAGCAUGUUAAUAAGUGCAGAUGGGGACAGGUUUAUUUCUUAGCUACUGUUGCUGUUUUACCAAGUUCUCUGAAAGCAUCACGAUCUUACUUUCAUGAUGAGGUAAAAGGAGAAAGUCAUUUCAGUGCAUAAUGACUCAAAGCUGAGUGAUGCCUCUCAUAUGUUCUGAGUGUCACUAAUUUGCACGGAAUUGAUGACAGUCUGAGAGAACUUUGGCCAGGAGAUGAAGCCGAGAUAAAGCAACACUUAACAACACAACAUGGAAACUAAUCGGGACCGGCAAAGUGUUACCAAAGCGAGGCCUAUGUUCUGGAUCUACAAGCCACUCCAUUUCAUGACCUGGAUGUGUAAAAGUCAAUUUCUCUGAAUGUCUGAACACUAACUUCUGUAUGAAUCGAGGCAGCCGCAGUCUCCAGGAACCAGCAAAGAUUCUGACUUUGAGCAGGUGAUGAUGAUGUUAAUGUCUCUUUGAUGAUGAAAGAGGAGAGGAACACGUAAUGGCACUUUUUUUUGAGUCUGCAGUGCAGUAUGGACACACUAUGAUGCAGUCAAGCACACUCUGCAAACUAAAUGAGAUUGUUAAAUAUAUAUGUGUGUGUGUGUGUGAGUGAGAGAGAAAGAGAGUGAGCGAAAGGGAUGAAUUCACAAUAAAAUUGUUUGAUAAACUCCUGA